GGUCUGUCCAUGAGGACCAACCACCCAUUGGCAUACAAUCAGCCCGACAUGGGCACCUCAAGCUACUUCUCGUUCAACAUGGCAGCGUUGGCCUCCCUGAACAACCAGCAGCUGGAGGACCUCAUAAACCUCGGGCGUCAGAAAGUCAUUGAAGCAACAAAUUCUUUGAAGUCCUUAGUUCGGGAGUCACUGGAAGAUAUAAUAGCCAGAGUGUGGAAGGAAAACGCGUCCCUCACAGAGAGUGAAGUCCAGUCUUUAGCUUUGAGGCACCAAGCCACCGUGGAGAUCGAGGUCAAGCGCAGAGAAGCUGUUUACAGGGACGUUCUCACCAAGCAGCAAUCUCUGAUGAUGUUCGUGCAGAAGCUGAUCACCAACAGGAAGGUGCAGGAGCAGCAGCUGGCUAUUGCUAACCAGGCCUCUUACCUGAACCAGCUGGCCAUGCAGAAUGGCAUGGUGGGGUCCGGUGGGCUCAGCCACAUGGACAUGAUCGGGCUGUACCAGCGACUGCACGGCAUGGGCGCAAAUCAAGGCAUGGGCAAGAACCCCGGCCCCUCAAACAACCUGUAGGUCACACAGACUGUUUCUCAUUCCCAGCUGGCUCCUCCCCCUCUCCUCUGCGCUCCUCCUUUCUGUAACAUACACACUGUGAGGUCAAAACUUAUCGUUGGGUCAAGCAGAGGAUGAAGAAGUUCUGAGACGAGACUGCUGUCUGCUUGGGCCUCAUUUAGAAUAGACCGUCCGUGUUGUACUCCGUGAUUCACCGAGAGACGGUGGGAAAAAAAAAAUAUGAAUGGCUGCGUGAAAGGCUUGUUCAGAGUUCCAACAGGAAGACAUGUAUAUAACGCCUUAAUGUUGUUCAAGUUGUGUAGCUUCUUUUUUCUCUCUCUCUCUUGUAUUUAAAGACAAACACCCCCUCAGUGCUUGUAAGCAUUGCAUUUGUUCUCCCRUCAAGAAGAGUUUCCCAGUUAUUUUUAGAGGGUUCUUUUAUAUAUAAUCUUUUAAAACACGUGACAGCAUCUGAGUGGGACCAAUAUCAUUGGUGAUGGGACUCUGGGACAAAAAAAAGAAAAAAAKUCAGAUUAUUUGUCUCAUUUGAUUGUUCAUGAGUUAUCCAGCAAAGCCAACAGCUGUUGGUGCUGCAAAGUCCUGCUCAUUUCAGGAAGGUAGGCGAAACUGAAAAAAAAUCUAUAAAAACAGUAAAAACAGAAAAGUAAAAAAUGGCCUUAUAUUAAUUUCUUUAAAAAACAAUGUUGUAAAGACUUGAAAUUUGUUGUGAAUCUUUUUCUAUUAUGCUUGUAAGUGCUUACAUUAGUUGUCGCUGAAGCUGAAAAUGAAAAUGCUUGUAUUGUUCAGAACUGCCUGCCGGCUCUUUCUUUGCAUCAUCCUUCUUAUCGUCACGUGUUGGUUAGCAUAGCCCUGUGUUUCUACUUUAUAUUCGUUUUUUAUUUUUUUGUUUUGUUUUUGUUUUUGUUUGGUUUUAUUUUUUAUUUUUUGCUUUCACCUGCCUGAUUUGGGAGUGGCUGCAGCUCACAAAGCACAGACCGUUCAGCCGGAUGUCACAGAGUCCAAACUUCGCUCUGUCCCCGUCUUUGAACUUAUUAAAUAUCACUUUCAAGCUAAAWWUUUUUAUUUAUUUUUUGGGUCCGGUGCUUUGUGAGUAAUGCUCUCCUGGAUGCUGUAAUUUCACCAGGCAGGCACCCAGACUACUUCUAUUCUCAUCUCCACACAUGAUGUCUUCUAAAAGCUCAAGCUGUUGUAGCUGUUUUAACAAGAGGAAGAUGGACGUUUGUCACCAAGAGGCGCUCGUCAACUCCUUCGUUUGCACAGGGUGUAUUUUCUAAAAGUAGAAUGAGUUCCUUUUGCCCCCUUCUGUCAGAAUGUUCUUACGUUAGCAGAUACACCGAUAUGAUUUGCCAUUACUGAACUGCUAUUAUCUUCAUAAGUAUUUAAUAUAACAUUUAAUAAAGUGACCAAACCAAUGAGAAA